GUUGUUUUUUAUUUAGGGGGGCACUAGAAAUGUUUUGUGGAAAAGUCAAUCACUGAUUGAGUGUUCCUCUUAAGUCCAAAAGCAUCCCAUUUUGCCUAAGGAUACUAAAUAAUUAUGUUGUUAACUGUGAAGCAAUGCCCGUGCAAAAAGCCUAUCAGCCAUGUGCUUGAUAAUCAUUCUGAUGUUGUUGCAAAUCUGCAGAAUUCUGUGUGUAAUUCUUGUACACCUACAUGUAGAUGUCUUCCAUCCAUGCUACAGAGUGGAAGGAGGAGAUGGAAAGAUUCUUGGCUCUUUGUGUGUGUUUGUUUGUCUGGCAUUCAGGAUGGUCCUUUGCAUAUUUUCAAUACCAUGUUCCAGGAUUCAUUCACACUUUUGUGGCUCAUUUGAUCUUUAAAAACAAGAGAGGAAAAGCUUCUGUUUCACAUUGAUUACAAAUUUGUGAAGCACUAACACUAUGUUGCAUGAAGGUCACUUUUCAUUCAGAAUUCACCAGUAUUUUCCUUUUUAAGCCCAACUGUUACUUGAUUGUUUUAUGUGAUUGUGAUGUAUUGGUGGCAUUGUUGUGUUGUCCUUGAAUAUGCUGGGACAUCUUUCCACCUCCUGCUUAUCCACCCGAUUCUCACCCGUAGCUGAAGAUGAUCCUCAAGUGCUGGACAGGCCAAAAUGCUUAGCUGCAUUGGCAUCGCUACGACAUGCUAAAUGGUUUCAGGUUCGGCUCAUUUGCUGUUUUAAGAGGAAUUGUCACAUUCUCUCUUACAAUGUAGUGUAGUAGUCCUGCUGUUGGAGGUACAUCUGAUAAAUAUGAGAAUUCCAAAUAAUUGAUUCAGUUUUUAAGGUACAGUACAUGUAUAUUAAAUACAUGGACAUCCCAGAUUUUGGCUUGUUUACAAAUUUUGUAUGGAGACGUACUUUAAAAGAACCCAAGCAUAGAUGGUAUGCAUAAAUGGUGGGCUGAACUGGUGUUCUUUUGUACUCGAGUGAAUUAGCCCAAUGAGCCUUGUCUUUGAGGUAAGGUUUUAUUCUUCCUUAAACAAGGCUAGGAGGGCGUAUCUACAUGAAUACAAAAGAGUACUAAUUGUGUCUGCCAUUUAUGCUUUGGGUCUACUCUGGAUAAUAGUAAGGUGCAUGUUGUGGUUUUCAAAUUUACUUCCAACUGCAGUGUUAAAUGCAUGUUAAUUACUGGUUGUAUUUAAAAUAUAUUUGGAUGAGAAGUUCUGAUUUGAAGUCGUCAACAGGUAUGUGUAUUGUGAGCAAAUAUGUGACACUUCCUCUUUGGGAAACCAGAAGUCACCAGGUGUCUCCUCUGGUUUUCAUGGUGUAUUUGUGGGUUCUUAUGUAAUAAUAACUUGUUUGUAAAUGAGCAUUUCAUUGGUGAGUGGAGUGCUGGUUUGCAGUUUACAUGUACAUUUUAAGUUGUUUAUAAAUUUCCAUUGGUGUAGACUGAUUAACCCUUUGACACCUAAGAAUGACUAGCAUAUAAUUUCUCCCUACAAUAAUUCCCCUGAAUCACACCUAAGGUUAUGAGAAUAAAGGAAAAGAUCACCAAAUAAAGAGGCGCUUGAUUGUUAAACAAAUUCUCCCUGUCAGCUACUGAGAAAGUACAUUAUGGAGAAUAUGCAUACUGAGUUUAGGGUGUGAAGGGUUAAUGUGUGUAUUUGAGAACAUCUCAUAUGUGCAGUUAUAAGUAUAGAGCAAUGGCCUUGAAGUAUUUAAUACAUCUUUUGACGAAGUUUAGUUUUACGGGAAAUGUUUCAUGGGUUUACAUUAAUAUGAUGUACCAAUACUCAGUUCUACUUUAUGUACAUAUGUAUGCAUGGUUUAUUUUGGUAACAUAAAUUCAUAGUUGAGCGGUGAUUACAAAUUGUUUCCUUUUCUGAUUCUUCCUUUGUUUUCAUUUUCCAGGCCAAAGCAAACGGUUUGCAGUCUUGUGUCAUCAUUAUACGCGUCAUGCGUGAUUUGUGCCGAAGAAUACCGGCUUUUUCUCCUCUCAACAACUGGGUAUGUGCACCGUACAUUUUAAGGGACCACUUCUUAUGUUCUCAGUCCAGGGGCUGUACGGUUAAAGCAAGGUGUCUUAGGCUCUCUAGCGGUCGAAAGGAAUGAAACUGCUGGCACACAGUACUUGUUUGGGAAACGUUCAUAUAGCGGCCUUCUAACUAGUAUUUUCAGCGAGGAAAAUUGUUCUGUUUUUCUUUGCAUUAGUUCAGUUUCAAACAACCAGGCACUGGCCUAUACAAUUGUUAAGAAAGGAAAAACUGUAGACUACACUCUGGGACUAUGUCAUAUAUCUGUUUUGGUUAAUACCUAGCUAGUUUACCCUGUAGAUCUGUCUCAUAGCUCUCCCCUCUUGCAGUAUUUCGCUUCUUUUUUUUAUAGGUGGGGAGAAUUUGGUAUUUUGUCGGUGCACGACCUUGAAGCCUAUUAGUCACUCUAGUCUUCUCGGGUGAGAAUGAUAAACCGUAGACUCCGUCUCCUGUCUCUUCUUUGUACCGGUUAUCAGGGGAACAUUAAAGAACCCAUACAAUUCUCGCAAAGAGUUGGGAACAGCUCCCGGUGUUGUAGGCUGGCCUUGUUGUUUCAAGCAGCUUUAAGCUGAUCUAGGCCAGUCUGUCUAAAUAUCGCAAAUUGAUUAAAAAAAAAUACUGUAAAUUCAAGGUAGGCAUCUGUGCGAUUUAAAUUUAUUCACACUUUGCUUACUUGUGUUAAAUGGAUUAUGAUAGGCGAUGGAGCUGUUGGUGGAGAAGGCGCUUAGCAGUAGUCAGCAGGCGCUGGGACCUGGAGAAGCUUUCCGCCGCGUGUUAGAAUGUAUUUCUAGUGGACUUCUCCUAGAAGGUGCAGUUAUAAUUUUCGGUUGUUUAAAAGCUGGCUCUAGCAUUAUCUGGUGAGCAAAGUAGAAAACUCUCUGUCUUUGGUGCCACAGGUGGACCAGGAUUGAGUGAUCCUUGUGAGAAGGAAACUAUUGAUGCUCUUGGUACUGUUUCAAUGCAAGAAAGAGAAGAUCUGACGGCUUCAGCACAGGUGAGGCACACCUUUUUAAUGGUUUUGUCUUUGUUGCUGUUUUAUACUUUUUCAGUGGUGUGAAUCAGUUUUUGUUUUCUCGUUAACUCUCGGUUACAAGGCCCAAAUGAUGAGCAGAUUUUACCUGACACUUGCUGGAGGGAAAAACUGAUUUAAUGAGCCUGAUGGGCCUAUUUACUUUUGCUUUUUUUGGUCACAGAGUAAAGUUUAAAUUUUGUAGACAUUUAAAUUAUGAUUUAUUUCCUUUUUAGCACGCCCUUCGACUAACAGCUUUCCGACAACUUCACAAAGUUCUCGCGAUCGAUCGACUCCCGCCCCAAUCAAAGUUCCGACGCAAUCGCGGAAGAAGCUUUAAGAGAAGGCGCGAAGACAGUGGCCAGGGGGAGGAAGGAGCCAAGAAAGAGAAAAAAGAGGGGGAGGGGGAGAGUGGCGGAGAAUCGAGCAUGGAAGUAUCCUCUGCGGGUGGUGCUGAGCCCAAGGCCGAUAUCAAGACGUAAUUAUCAGACAACUUGAAACGAUCACUACGAGAAAUUCUAAGAAGCACCAACGUAUAUGCAAGAGCUGAAAGUUAUUGUACUUUGUUUUAACUUAAAGGAGUUCGCUCAAUUGUUGUUGAAAUGCAAACAAUGUUAUAGAGUUGGCGCUCGUCAGUGUUAACGUGUUCAAGUUAGAUGCUUGUUAACAACUUUGCUCCCCGUUUUUGUGGACAGUUAAGACAUGCUUGGUAAGAAUGUUAAUUUCAUGAAACAAAAUGACUUAAAAAUAUUACAGAAAAUUAAAGAGAAGUUGUUCAGCCAGAAUUGUUUUUCUUAUGAACACAUUUUUUCAAAUUCAUCAUUGUAGUCUCUAUCCUCAGCACAAAUUGAUUAUAACGGCUCAUGAAAAUAUAAAGUCAGAAAACGAGGGUGUUUAAAGUAUUGGGGUGAGGUAACCGACACAUUGCAAUGUACACUAUGGCAAGUUAUCAAUUGACUUCGCUUCACCGUCGAAUAGUAGGGGUGGAAAUAUUUCAUGGUCGCUGACAAACGGCAAAUUUGCAUUGUGAUUACAUGUGUUUAGGAGGCUAGGAAGGCUAAUUUCUAAGGCAGGAGACAAGCUGUUAAAGAAGUCUCGCAUAGAGGUAGCAUUUUAAUGCCACUGUACGAACAGUUUUUUUUUAAAAGGCCAGUGAAACUUUCGUCGCCAUGUUGGAAUUGAAAGGCAUCACGUUAUCAAAGGCCAGACAUCGAAGGUGAUGUAAAUUAGUAGAUUGGCAGAACUUGAUCCUCUUCUUUAAAUCUUUGCCUUUACUUGCAUAGAGCCUCCAGCUUCGUGAGUAUCUUGUUUUUGGAGUGUUCACUGUUACUCCAGAUUUUCACUAUUUCCUCGAUCUGGAAAGGAAUAUCAGAGAAACGUUUGAGCGAUUCGUCCAAUUGUCGCACAGAUCGUUACUUAAUUUAAAAGGUGGGGCACUUCCUCCUGCUGUAGAAAAGAGUAUUGGAAGAGAGGCGAUCAAAUGGUCUCGUUUUGAGUGAAUGUUUGAUAAUUUUUUCAGUAUUUUCUGAACGACUAAGAAUCUAGCUUUAGGUACACGCUGUUCACGAGGAAAACAACGUUCCCUUUCACAGUGCAAACUUUUGUUCACGAUGUACAUCACGACAAUGUUCAGGGUUUAUAACUUGUUUCUCUAAAGGUUGUCGACUCCGAAAGGUGUUGUGGGUAGUUUCCAGGCCAUUUUUCUUUGACCUCAGGAUUUCAGGGAAGUCUGAGAAAACGUUAAUGUAAGGACGAGGCAUCGUGGGUUUAAUAAUGAAGAAAUGUAAAAUGGUUUCCGUGUUUACAUAGCCUGAUGUAAACACGCGGGAGGUUGGGAGAAC